CUUAAGAAAAUUAUAUAGUUUAUGGUUCAUUUAAGCAACAGACAACGAAUUUUUAGGUUAUUAUUUUCAAUGCUUCUUUUUUAAAUAAGGUAUGGAGUUUCCUGUUGAGAAAAGCACCUUUUUGAGCAUGAUGCAAGAUAAAGUGUUGGAUGUUCCUACAAAUGCACCCAUUAAGGAACAUGAUGACCCAUUUCGUUUUGUUGACUCAUGUGGAACCUCUAAUAAAGCACUGCCAAAUGAAGAUUUAUUAUCUGUUGUUUUAAAAUGUGUGAAUUUUGCGGCUAUAAAACAUAGUAAGCAGAGAAGGAAGGAUAUGGACCAAACUCCAUAUAUAAAUCAUCCAAUAGGUGUAGCUAAUAUUUUAAUCCAAGAAGGUGAUGUAUAUGACCCUGCGGUGAUCUUGGCAGCUAUAUUGCAUGAUACUGUAGAAGAUACAAAUACCACUUUUGAAGAAAUUGAACAAGAAUUUGGUCCUACUGUGAGUAGAAUUGUAAGAGAAGUCACUGAUGAUAAGAAAUUAGAAAAGCAUGAACGCAAAUUACUUCAAAUAAAAAAUACACCAAAUAAAAGUCAUGAAGCUAAACUGGUUACAUUGGCCGAUAAAAUAUAUAACUUAAGAGAUCUUCUCAGCUCAACACCUGUUGGUUGGACAGAAGUAAGAGUCAGAGAAUAUUUCAAGUGGGCUAAACAAGUUAUAAGUGGAUGUCAAGGGACUAAUCCUAAAUUAGAAAAAGCAUUGGACAUGAUAUUUGUCCAAAGAUUAAAAGAAGCCAAGGAUAAAUGCGAUUGUACUAACAAAUACAAUAUUAGAUCAGCAAGUGUUAAUGAAUCAGAAAAAUCGGAAACCUCUUGUGACCAAGAGGAAUCUGAAUCAUUUGUUUCAUUCCAAUCUAAUCUAGAAAAUUGCCAGAAAUGUACUGAGCCAAAUGAGAAAUAGUUAUAAUUGAGCAAAAUCUGUCCAAGCUGUGAGUAGAAAAGAUAUUUCACUAAACUGUAUAAGUUUUAUACAACAAAAUUUAUUAAAUUUUUAUUGGUAAAGGAGAUAUAUUUCCACGUCAUUUGAAUAUCUGUCCAUACAAAACACGUUACAAAAGGCAUUUACCGAAUUUAAAAAAAUAAUUUCUCCUGCAAAAUGAAGAUUAUUUACAUUUCUCAUCUUCUUUAUUUAUUCACGAUGAACUUGGUAGAACCAUCUCAUAUAGCUGGCCAAAGUUUGGGUAUCCUCUUCUGUCACGGCGUUAUACAAAGAUGCCCGGAUUCCGCCGACAGAUCUAAUCAAAUGUGUAGUUUUACUUAAAUAUCGCAAAGCUUUGUAACUCUCUCAACUCUAAGAAGUUGAAUCAUAAUUUGUUUCAUAAGCAUAUCUAAAAUAUAAAAUAAAUUAAUAUUUACCUGUGA